GUUCUUUCCAACGACUCCUAUUCAGCAACCACAAGACGAACCACCGACAAGUGUGCUACGCCCGAUGCUGUGGAGUAUUAAGGAAGAAGAGCGUUUGGUCUUUACGCGUAUUUCAGUCUGGAUUUGUACUACGCCUAAUGCUGUGGAGUAUCAGGGAAGAAGAGCAUUUGGGCUUUAA